UAGUUUUGUUAACAUGACGUAAACAUGACAUUGACAGUUUACGCUUUGCUGUCAUAGCGCGAGAGGAUUUGUGUUUGUAUACUUGUCCAAACAGCUUUAUUUUUAUUAUUCUGUGAUAAAAAACAAUUUUAAUUUAUUCACAGUGUAAUAUAAUAAUGUGAACCUACUGAGAACAACGUGAUAUAUAUUCAGUUCUAAAGAUGGAGACUACACCGUUGCUGACGAGACCUAAAAAGAAAUCCUUAUGGUCAAGGCUUCAAUUUUGGAGGUUUCGAAGGAAGAAGUUAAGUUCGCGAGCUAUAUAUCUGGGACAGCUGCCUGAUGAAGAAUUUCCGCCUAAUUAUGUCUGUAAUCAGAAAUACAACAUCCUGACAUUCCUGCCGCUGGUGCUGUUUGAGCAGUUCCGUUUCUUCCUGAAUCUGUAUUUCCUAGUAAUGGCUGUCAGCCAGUUCAUCCCGAGCAUUCGUAUUGGCUACCUCUAUACAUACUGGGGACCACUGUGCUUUGUGCUCGCUGUCACACUGUUCAGGGAAGCUGUUGAUGAUUUUAGAAGAUAUCGACGCGACCGCGAAGUGAACCGGCAACGCUACGAGCGUAUAGUCCUCGACACCCCCGACACUGACUACCGGCCGUUCAUAACAGAGCAAGUGGCGUCCUCCGAGCUGCGAGUGGGGGACAUCGUGAUGCUUCACAAGGGACAGAGAGUCCCCGCCGACAUGAUACUGUUGAGGACCAACGAGACUAUGGGCACCGUGUUUAUAAGGACCGACCAGCUGGAUGGAGAGAUUGACUGGAAGUUGAGAAUACCGCUACCAUCAACACAGAAGCUGCCUACAGACGCACAUCUCUUAGACAUUAACGCUCAGAUCUUCGCUGAGAAGCCGGAGAAGGACAUACAUUCCUUCAUCGGUACUUGCACGAGGUUGGAUGAAGAAACUAGUGAUUCUUUGCAUAUUGAGAAUACGCUGUGGAGUGGAUGUGUCGUCGCUUCGGGACAGGCUACUGGACUUAUUAUUUAUACUGGUAGUGAAACCCGCAGUGUAAUGAACAACGCGACCCCUCGCUCCAAAGUGGGUCGACUAGACUUACAAGUGAACGACCUGACGAAGCUACUCUUCGUGGCUACCAUAGUCAUAUCGAUGCUGCUCAUCACGCUCAAAGGGUUCGCUGGACCCUGGUACGGAUUCCUCUUCAGAUUCGUGCUGCUGUUCUCUUAUAUUAUUCCUAUUAGUCUGCGAGUAAACCUGGACAUGGGUAAAGCCUUCUACUCCUGGACUAUCCAACGCGACAAGAAGAUCGAAGGCACGGUGAUGCGCUCCACCACCAUACCUGAGGAGUUGGGCCGCAUUCAGUACGUGCUAGCUGACAAGACUGGAACCCUCACCAAGAAUGAAAUGGUCUUCCAGAAACUGCAUCUUGGCAAUGCGCUCUUCGAUAAGAAUAAUUUUUAUGAGGUGGAAGCUCUCCUAACGCAAUACGUGACAAACGACGCGCCAUCUCUCCCCACGUCCCCGACAGCAUCCAUGGUGAAAGGUUUAGCUGCUUCUCCCAAACAAGUGUGGCAAGCCGUACUGGCUCUCGCGCUGUGUCAUAACGUGACGCCCGUGUAUGACAUCGCCAGUGACACGCAGGCUGAUGAGGCUCAGUCGGAUAUGGGCAGUUCAGUGAUGUCAGAGAGCUGCGGCGGCGCGGUGCCUCAGCAACAGCUGUGCGACUACCAGGCCUCCAGCCCUGAUGAGGUGGCCUUAGUCAAGUGGACUGAUAUGAUGGGCGUAUCUCUAUACCGUCGUGACCUACACAACAUAUCGCUGAAGCUUCGAGCUGCUAACGAGAUUAUCCAGUACACUAUACUGCAGAUAUUUCCCUUCACCAGCGAGUCCAAAAUGAUGGGCAUCAUUGUACAGGAAGAAAACACCGGCAAGAUUACCUACUACGUGAAAGGCGCAGACGUAGCGCUAUCCAAACUGAUAGAUUCACAAUGGCUUAAUACCGAGUGUAAGAAGUUGGCCGCCGACGGGCUCAGGACGCUCGUCAUGGCUAAGAGGAAUCUCACUAAGGAAGAAUAUUUGCAGUUUGAGGGCGAGUACAAGGAGGCGUGUUUAAGCGCGAACCGCAACGAGCGGACUCCCGCGGUACUGGCCAAGAUACAACGAGGCUUGACUCUGCUAGCUGUCACCGGCGUCGAAGAUCGGCUCGCCGACGAUGUGCCUAGGACUUUAGCUAUGUUACGGACGGCUGGGAUUAAGAUCUGGAUGUUAACUGGCGAUAAACUAGAGACAGCGUUAUGCAUCGCUCGCUCGCUGCAGCUAGGGGGCGGCACACACUGGCACACGGCGCGGUCGUGCAGCUCGCGCCGCGACGCGCACGCGCUGCUCAGCGCGCUCAGCAGUGCUGGUGACGACAUGGACCUCAUCAUAGAGGGGGAGACGCUGGAGGUAUGCCUACAGUCCUACGAAGAGGAAUUCGUAGAAGUUCUAUGCAGAUGCAGCGGUGUGGUGGUGGCCCGUUGUUCGCCUACUCAGAAGGCUCGCGUGGCCCGGCUGUUGAGAGCUCGCAAACACGUGGUGGCGGCCGUGGGAGAUGGCGGGAACGAUGUCGCUAUGAUACAGGAAGCUGAUAUCGGUGUGGGCAUAGAAGGCGCGGAAGGGCGGGCGGCCUCCCUAGCCGGAGACGUGAGCAUCCGUCAGUUCGCGUACCUGGCGCGGCUGCUGCUGGUGCACGGCCGGCGCUCGGCCAUGCGCUCCGCCGCGCUGUCGCUCUUCAUAGUGCAUCGAGGACUCAUCGUGUCUACUAUGCAGGCUGUCUUCUCAGUUGUGUUCUACUUCUCGUCCGUGUCUCUCUACCCUGGAUUCCUGAUGGUCGGCUAUGGAACAGUAUUCACUAUGCUACCCGUAUUCUCUUUGGUUCUUGACAAAGAUAUACCAAGUUCGACUGCAUUACGGCACCCGCAACUGUAUAAGCAACUUUCCAAAGGACGGCAACUGUCAUACAAGUCAUUCUACAUAUGGACCGACAUCUCUAUAUAUCAAGGAGCAGUAAUAAUGUACGGAGCCCUCGUCCUCUUCGAAGACCAGCUCAUCCACAUCGUAGAGAUCAGCUACACGGCUCUAAUCCUCACGGAACUGAUAAUGGUAGCCCUGACCGUCGUCACGUGGCACUGGCUGAUGAUCGGCGCCGAGCUCGUCAGCCUGCUCAUGUAUAUAGCCACGCUGCUUAUAUUUACCACGUAUUUUGACGGUGACUUCAUUCGACACUGGGAGUUCUGGUGGAAAGUAAUAGUGAUAACAUUAAUAUCCUGCCUCCCUCUAUACAUCGUCAAGCACAUGCAUCGCAAGUGGAGCGACCGCCAGUACAAAAAUAUAAGAAAAUGAUCUUUAUUUGUAAGUUGUUUAGGUUCAUAUUUCAAUGUGAUUCACUCUUACUUUAAGGUCUUGUUGCACAUUGUAUGAGUUUAUGUUUGAUUAGUGUUUAGACCGCAUGUGUUAAUAAAAACUUUAGUGAAGUAACUCUAUAACUGGGCUCGAAAUCGAUGUAAGAAAACAUACCGGAUACAUUUAAAAAUGUCAAUCGCCUUAUCGAUAAGAUUAUUGGGCAUCACUAGAUCUGUCUACAAAAGUUAAAAAAUAAAUAUAAAGGGUCAGUUUUUUUACUGUUAUAUCUUACUUACUCAAGUCAAGCUUUACUAUUUUAUAUUCUCGAUGUCUAUUCUUUGCCCAUGCGGUCUAACAAAAGUCGAUAAAUGGUAGUAUUUUGUUAUGUUAUAGAAAUUCAGAUAUACUCUAAUAUUGCAGAGAUUCUCUCUUGUUACCGUGAUAAAGCAAGACUUUAGUCUGUAGAAAUCAAAAAUGUUCAACAUGAUCGCGAAAUACGUUAUAGGUAUAUGACUAAUGUCAUCGACGUCGAUAACAUAAGCGUCAGUUUUCUUAAAACAAACUGGUUAAUAUAAAUUGUUAAGUUAAGACGAGAAACAUCUUUUUGAGAUGUCGGUUAAAAAACGGAUGACAAUGCCUUUUGAAUUUGAUCAUAGGUUAUUGACGAUAAUGGUAUCUAUUUUGAGCCAUAGUCAUCGGAAUAUGAAAUAAUCGUUAUUGUGUACCAUUUUUGAUAUCCACCGACAAGUGUAGAUAGAUAGGACGAAUAAAAAGUAUUGGUUAUUAAUUAUUAUUAACUAUUUACAGUUAUUAGAUCACAAUUAUAUUCUAUGUAUAAUCAUUUUAUGUAUUACUAUUAUUUAAGAGAAAUCAAAUUGAAUGAAUUUUGCAGAUGAAGAAUAUGAUCGUAAUUUUUUCGACAUUUUAAGAUUUAUUUUCCGUUUUUGAGGAUGUAUGAGAGAAAGAGGGAGAACAAUUUUCCAAAAAAACACUGAUAUAUUCUUUUUUUUAGAUAUUUUUAUAUUAUUAGAUCUUGUGCAUGAUUCGUGAGACCAUUUCUCAUAUUUUCUCUCCCAAUCUAAAACUUCGAUAUUUCUCAAAAAAAAUAUGAAAAGUUACCUGCAAGAUUCAUAUUCGAUUUGUGAUAGGAUAACAUAGUAGCAAUUUAAUCCAGGGCUGUGUAAACACAAAAAUAGAUUUAACAGAGUAACUUUAACAUUCUAGAUUGUUCUAGAUUUAUCUAGAAUGUUACAGUUGCUUUCGAAUUCUGAAUCUGUGCUGCAUUACGUCUUCAAUAAAUCCAACAAAGUUCAGCGGAGCGCAGAUUUUGUUUUUACUGCUAAGUGGGCGGAGACAAGAUAUAUGAAAGAGUUCUAUUGGUUGUUUAAAAACUUCUCCACUCCGCUUUGGUAGAGUCAGAACCUUAAAGAAGAAAAAUUGGCGAAACCUCGUUUGAAAUUAUGGAUCAAGCACCGGGCCUCUAGUAAAUCAGUGAUAAUAUAAUACAUGGGAAAUAAAAAUUCUUAUUCUUACAUCAUAGGGCCAGAACCAGGCACGGGGUGUGGAUGGAUUGAAAGCUGAUAUGCUUUAUAAUGUGGCACAGAUGUCAGUCAAUAGUAGACACAUCCAAAUAGAAAACAUUUUACAGAAUGGGUCAUAAAUGUAGAGAAACAUUUAUUGUUCCGUUUAAUUUUCAAUUAAAGUUUUAGAUAAUUUUGUUAUAUUUUUUUCUGCGAGUUUAUUUUAAUAAUUUAUUUUUGUUACGUGUUUAUUCCUGGAUGUUUUGUCAGUAAUACCUGUGAUUCGUUUAUUUAUAUUUAGCUGUGUAAGCGCAAUUAUUCCAUAGUUAUUAUUUGACGUGCACUUGCGAGCAUAUUGUUUUGGGCCAUAUUCACAAAUUAUUUGUACAAGUAAAUCGUAAAAAUAUGAUUCUUUCCAUAUUCUCCAAAAUGGACCUCGAAGCCCGAAAAAUCCUACUUCGAAUCGAAAAAAGUGGUUCUUUUUCAGUACCUAUUAGAAACGUUUUCAAGGUUCAAAGAGAGAAUGAGAAAUACGAGACGCUUAUCAUUUUGACUGGAAAUUAGGGUAACUAUAAUGAUAACCAAAGCAUAACCAGCCGUGCAAUUGCCGCCCAUUGGUCAACAACUGAAAUGGUUCAUUAUUAUCGUUGUCGGUAAAUGGUGCAACUCACCGUAAUAGUUUUUUCACGUGACAUUUUCUACAGCAAAUAAUAUAUAAAAAUGGUCCAAAAUAUCUUCGUUUGACAAUGUUUUUUCUUCAUACACUUUCGAACAAGGUACAAAUUGCGUUAAAUGUGAUAUAUGUAUAAUAUUUAUUGAUUAAAAGUAUAUUUGUAUUAAAGAGAUAGGUAAAGUUAAGAGUUGGUGCGUACGGUAUUUAAUCAUUUAAAUAAUGUUCUAAAAAAUAAAUAUUUUAUAUGACA